UGUACACGAAGUAACGUGGGAGAUCUGGGAAGUCAGGUCCAGUUCUAUCGAAUUCAAUAACUAUUCGUGCAGCUACAAUAAUUUUUGCAGCGGGUGCUAUAUUCGAUUCGCUAAACCUUUGCCCAUUUAGGUCCACGCACAUAAAUAAUGUCUAGUCAAGCUGUUGAUACGCCAGAAGUGCAACUAGGAUUCAAUGGCGGGGAUACCGCAGACGCUGAAAAAGGCAUAUCAACAAAAACCCCGCGCAGAGUAAUUCACUUCCAAGACGGUGACGAACUUGAAGAAUAUUCUACGGAAGAAGAAGGGGAAGUGGACCAGCUGGAUAUUACAAUACAACGGAUGGCCUUAAUGGAUUGGAAGUCGCUUCCAUGGAGCUCGUACCUCUUGAAUAUUGGUGUUUUCGGCUUUCUUAAAGCUUUUAAGACAUUAGAGUACGCAGGUGAGGUGUUGUCCUAUAAAUUAGGAAUUACUACUCCAAAAUAUCAAUCAGAGAUUGAAGAGGCCGCAAGAAUGGAGGCUGAAGAGGAAGAGGAACGGAAGCGAGCUGCGAAAGACGCAUCUUGGGGCGUGAAUACAAUUGCAGAACACGAAGUUUCUUCUGCGCCGUCAGUGACGCCGGUUCAUCGUUUGCAUGAUUUUAUGCCAUCGCCUAUCGCUAGUUCUACGCCAGUUCCGUAGGUCGAGACGAACAUGGAACACAUCCUGUUUUAUACUGAUUCCCAGCCCACUUAAAAGCCUUUAGGUUUGUGUUCUUUACACCAUGAGUCAAUUAUUUCGAGUAUGUGCAAAAUGAUACUGGAAUGACUUUACAUUUAUAAGGUGAAAAUCUACUGACAUAUCUUUUACCGUAUUAGAUAUACUUAAUAGUUAAAAAGUUUCGGGCUAUUGGUCUGCGGCAUUUAUAUCAUAAU